UCUGAAUAAAAACACAAAGUUGUCGAAUAAAUAUUCGAAUGAUCAAAUACCUUUAUUUUCUAUUUAUUCAAAUAUUCCUCUUUUAACUGAAAAACGAACAAUUCAACAAAUUUACGAUUCAGUUCAAGAAAUUGAAUCGAACGUCGGUCAUCAUUGGCCAUUAACUUAUAUUCUUCAUCCGAUAGAAACAUCAAAAUCAAAUCUUUAUUAUCCAAUUCGAUUAGAAAUUUCGUUGAAAAUUGAAGAAUAUUUUCAACGUUUAUUAUUUGGGAAAAAGAUGUUUAAAACACUUAUUACUUCUAAGACAACGGAGAUUCUUGAAUGUUAUCUUCCAGAACAAUUUAAUCUACAAAAAGAAAAAGUUUCUUCAUUAAAAAAAGAAUUUGAUGAAAAAAGAAUGGAAAUUGGAAAAUUAAUUUUGGAAGUUCGUCGAACAAAUGCCUAUGAACAAAUAAAUCAUUAUGAAAUUCUUUCCGAAAAAUAUCAAACAAAUUUAAAAAGACAAAAUGAAGAUUUGUCAUUUCAUAUAACAACAUUAAAACAAAAAAGUGAUUUUAUUAAUCAAUUGACUCAACGAGGUUUUCAAUAUGUGAAGAUUGAAAAACAUUUUCAGUUUCAACAAAGAGAAACUGAUCAAUCAUUGGAAAAACAACUUGUUAAAGAGGAAUUUCAGAGAAUUCUUUGUUCAAAUGAUUUCUUAAAUGAAACCAAUUGGACAAAAUUAAAUGAUUUAUUAAACGAAUUCAAUGAAAUGAAAAAAAAAGAUAAUCGAAUAAAACUUUUCUAUAUCGAUUUUACUUAUUCAACAUUUCAGUUAAAUGAAAUGAAAAGAUUUCCAUUGAAUUCUUUCAAACCAAUUCUUUCUCAACCACGAGCAAUUUCUCAAUCAAAUCGUCGCGAAGAAAUUCUUCAUAUUUUAUUUCUUGGAAAAAUCCACUCAGGAAAAUCAAUGUUAAUCAAUACAUUCGCAGAUUUUCUCAAAUCGAAAAAACGUCGAGAAAUUCAAAAAAAUUUUUCAAUCAAUAACCUUAAAAUAAUCAACAAGUUAGUCUUAUNAAUUCUUUCUCAACCACGAGCAAUUUCUCAAUCAAAUCGUCGCGAAGAAAUUCUUCAUAUUUUAUUUCUUGGAAAAAUCCACUCAGGAAAAUCAAUGUUAAUCAAUACAUUCGCAGAUUUUCUCAAAUCGAAAAAACGUCGAGAAAUUCAAAAAAAUUUUUCAAUCAAUAACCUUGUAAUUCCAUUUUUUCAUCUUAUCGAAAAUGAAUUUGAAGAACGACAAAUCCAAAUUGGUCCAAAAGAUUCCAAUGAAAAUUCUGAUAAAAAAGGCCAAUCAUUUACACAACAAUGUCGAUCUUAUUCAUUUCAUUUAGAAAAUAAUCAACAAGUUAGUCUUAUUGAUACACCUGGAUUUGCAGAACAUGAUGAGAAAGUAAUGCAAAAUAUUUUAUCAGUUGUUAAUCGAUUAACACAUAUCAAUGCCAUUUGUUUGAUAAUUGAUUCAAAUGAAAAAGAUUUCAAUUGUUAUCAAAGAUCUUUCGCUCAAUUGUUUAAUUAUUUUCAAGAGAAUAUUUUACAAAAUUUCUUUAUUUGUUUCACCAAAUGUCUUUCAAAUAAUCUUGAUGAGCGCCGUCAGCAAUCGAUUAUCAAAUCUAUUUCACCAAAACUUCAAUCGAUUAAUCGAGAAAAUCUUUUUCAAUUUGAUAGUUCAUAUUUAAUUCAAUCAACAAUACAACAAUAUCUGGGCAAAUUUGGUUUUCCAAAUGCUUCGUCUGAACAAAGUCAGUCAAUGACAUUUGAACAAUGGAAAAGAUUUUUAAGUCAAAUUCGAAACAACACUAAUCAACGUUAUUUAGCUCAUCAUCAAGGUUUACAAAAUCAACAAAUUCUUCGUCCAGAAAUUAGACGAUUAAUUCGUCCAAUCUUUGAAAUAAUUCGAAAUCUUCUUCGAAAUCAAAUUUUAUUUCAAUUCUCUUUGAGUUAUUCAAUUGAAAUUCGAUUUAAACCACUUGAUUUUAAUUGUGCAACAUGUCAUUCAUGUCAUCGAAAAUCGAAACAAAUUGGACCUUUUUGGAUUGUCUUUGAUUCAACACAUCAGUUUUCCAAUAAAUGUGGUACAUGUUCAUGUCCUCCCAAUCAACAUAUACCAAUUUCAUCUUAUUUAGAAUAUUAUCCAUCAGAUAAACCAUUCAAAUAUAUUCCAUCUGUUAUUCAAUCUCCUAUCGAAAACCUUGUUCGUGAAAGUGCAUAUUUAUCCAAUUGGCUCAUGAGAACAAGUCAACAGCAAAAUCCUGAAGAUUUGUUUUGUUUAUAUUUAGAGCGAAUGAUCAAAGAUGAACAUUAUGUUCUCGAAAAGAAACCCUAUAAUAAAUUCAAUGCCAAAUUAUACGAUCUUUUGAUUAUACUUCGAGAUCAAUAUAUUCAACAUUAUGGGAAAGCCAAUACACACGAAUGGAAGGACCUCGAUGACAUUCAAAAUCGAAUUGAUAAGAUUCGAAACGAUCCAAUUUUAUCCGAACAAUUUCAUGAGAAUAAUUAA